AUGGCCCAACCACCUGAGUCGGAGCCAUUGGUCGUCUCUUUGUGGGCCAGAUCUUUGAUCUCAGGCUCAGUUGCUGGCCUCACCGUUGAUUGCUCAUUGUACCCUUUGGAUACCAUCAAAACACGCCUCCAGAAAGCCAGGAGCCAUGUACCAUUCGCUCCUGCGCCUAGUCUAUCCUUGAAACAAACCAUCCGAGGGAUCUAUGCCGGUCUCCCUUCCGUCCUUUUCGGCUCGGCACCGUCCGCAGCGUCCUUCUUCAUUGUUUACGAUGGCGUGAAACGCUCUCUUCUGCCGUCCUCGAGCUCAGAGACUCCAUCACGAACACACCUGAUCCUCACGCAUUCGCUCGCUUCUUCGAUGGGAGAGAUGGCUGCCUGUGCCGUUCGGGUACCUACGGAAGUAGUUAAGCAGCGGGCACAGGCGGGUCUCUUUGGCGGCUCCAGCCUGCUCGCUCUAAAAGACAUUCUUGCCCUGCGCCAUCCGGACGCCACCGGUGGUACGAAGCGAGGCUACGGACAGGUGGUGCGGGAGUUAUACCGCGGCGCAGGCAUUACCAUCGCGCGAGAGAUCCCGUUCACAGUGCUACAGUUCACCAUGUGGGAGUCGAUGAAGGAGGAGUAUGCCAAAAGCAUGCAGCGUGAGAGUUCCGACCCAUCUGGAGGAGGCCAGGUCCCGGCCUCCACGAGUGCCAUGUUCGGUAGUGUUGCCGGGGCCAUCGCAGCGGGACUUACCACGCCGCUGGACGUCAUCAAGACGCGGGUGAUGUUGGCUCGACGAGGUGAAAAAGGUGCCCGUGUGCGCAUCAGGGAUGUGGUGCAGGAUGUCACCAAGGAAGGGUUGGGGGCUUUUUGGAGAGGCAUUGGGCCGCGCGUGGCCUGGAUUGGCAUUGGGGGUGCAGUGUUCCUGGGCAGUUAUCAGUGGGCGUGGAAUACCCUGGAACGGAAGGGUCAGUCGGAACGGUAA